CAGAUAAUAGUUGCUGCAAUUAAAGUAAUUAUUGUAGAAAAAACUACCUUUCUACCUUUGACCAUUUAAUUUCAACUGCCUGAAAUAAAUUAUUCACAAUAGUAGGGGAGGAUUUGAACAAAGAACUCUAGUCUUAGAGAAAAACAAUUUUUUCCGAAGAUCAUUAGUUGAAGAAAUGACUAGCAGUACACACAUCGACAAUUAUAUUAUGAUAAAUCGUAAAAUACUUAAACUUGUCGGACUUUAUCCAGUUGACGUGCCUAGAUAUAUUUUUUGUAUUAGUUGUUUAUUGUUAAUUAUCAUACCGGAAAUCUUUAGAGUUUUUUCAAAUCAACAAGACUUGGAUGUUAUUCUCGAAACCAGUUCGGUGCUGUCAACAAUUCUUCUCGCUGUACUUAAAUCGAUCAUUUGGAUGACGUUCCGCCGUCAAGAUACUACGAUAUUAAUUAAUUUUCUCUUCAAAGAUUAUUGGAACAUCGUUGUCACUUAUUGUAGUUCAAAUGAUUUUCAAUAUGUAGAUAAGAAUGCCAAGAUGGCUAAACGUGUUACUCUUGGUUACAUUAUCUUAAUUGUAAAUGCAUUGUUAGUGUUUUAUUUUUUACCAUUACGCCACCGCAUUCUGAAAACGAUUUCAAAGAAUGAUGAACAACUAUCAACUUUAAACACAAGCUUAAAUUUUCCAUUCAUUGCAGCGUAUCCACAAUUUUGUUACGAAUCACCUUUUUUCGAAAUUGUUUAUCUUUCUCAAAUGAUAGCGACUUCCAUGUGUGGAAUAGUUAUUCUUGCGAUGGAUACUUUGAUAGCCACGGCAAUUUUUCAUUCUUGCGGUCAUUUCAGUGUCCUAUGCGCUAAAUUGAAACAUAUAAAUUUUGAGAAUAAUCACUCAACUAAUCAUUUUAUGGAAAUUAUUAAACAUCAUCAAUUAGCAAUUAGAUUCUCUAAUCACUUGGAGUAUGCUUUUAAUCCUUUAAUGCUUUUUCAAGUUAUUGCCAGUAGUGUUAUUAUUUGUCUCGUUGGAUUUCAAGUAAAUACCACAUUAAAAUAUGAUCAUAAAGAUAAACUUGUUCAAUAUAUAGCCUACUUGAUGAUGGCUUUGUUUCAAUUGCUUAUCUUUUGUUGGCCUGGUGAUAAAUUAAUUAAUGAUAGUUUAAAGACGAAUGAAGCGGUAUACUCGAGUAACUGGUACAACUAUCCCUUUCCUGAAGCAAUAAAAACAGAGUUAAUCCUAAUAAUGUUAAGAUCUCAAAGACCAAGUUAUUUAUCGGCAGGAAAAUUUAAAUUUAUGAGUCUAGAAAAUUUCAGCACGAUAUUGAGCACAUCGUUGUCAUACUUCAUGCUCCUUCGGAGUUUAGAUCUAUAGCUGAACAACCAUAAAAAUAACUUAAACAUAUUCAACAACUUACAAGAAUAAAAUAUUUUUGUUAAUUAGCAUAAUUAAAAAUCAGUUAAAAAUAAAUAAAAGACAAAAGUUAAAAUUAUAUGAAAGGACUCCAUCCUAUG